AUGGAUUCGAUGAUGCAACAGCAAAAAGAGCUUCGGGCUCAGAUGAUUGAACUCUCGGAUCUAGUGAAAAACAUUGACAGCCGAUACGCUAGCCUUGAACAUGAAAUACUUGCGCAGAAGUUUCGUGUACUCAAUGGUCACCACAAAAAGCUUCAAGAAAAGAUGGUAGUCACUGAGCAAGAGCUUAGUAUGAUGAGGCAAGCUAAAAUCAAGGCGGAAGAAUCCCUCCGCAACGUCCAGGAGAUGGCAUUCCAAUUCCAGGAUGACCAAAAGUGGGCUCCAGAGUCACACGGGGAAAUCUCCCGGGAACUUGACCGAAUCUAUUCAGGUGCUCGUAUGUGGUGUAAGAACCACGCUGAUGAGGAGCUUUUCCAUGAGCGCCUUCAAGUGGACAACUGGCCUGCGGAAUGGAAAACAUGGACACGCUACGAUGAGACGGCCUUUUCGACUAACGCAAAAGUCCUGCCACAGCUUCUUCUGGAAGCUAUGCUUAUGCACAUCAUUUGCGAAAAAAAUCCUCACCAAUCCACUUUUUUUCCUGCCAUGGAGGAUGAACCCAUUGGGUGGCGGAGAGGACCAGGACGUGAACGAAGCUUCUACAGCUUUGAGAAAGGAGCUAUCUACAUCUAUGGUGAAUGUUUUGGAAGAGUUGAUUGCAGGUGA